GUCUUUCUGUACUCUGGUAAACACCAUAUAGUUUCUUUUUUACGGUGGUUACUUGGUUAAAGGCAAAACUUGGGGCAAAAUAAAUGAACACAAGUUCGCAACCCGCAAAGAAGCCUGGGAAAGCUGGUUGUUUUCAUCAUGGCGGCGUCAGUGGGCAGACUUCUGUCCUUCAGUAAAAAUGCAAAGGUGCUGGUUUCACCGUUGAGGUUGGGUGCUGUGUCUGCUCACCGCUACAGUUUAGAAGUAUCCAGCACUGGUGAGCCGAUCACUCACACCGGACAGGUGUUUGAUGAAAAAGACCCCAGAAGAGCACGGUUUGUCGGGAGACAAAAAGAGGUGAAUAAGAACUUUGCCAUUAAUUUGGUGGCAGAGGAGGAAGUCACCCACAUCGAGGCCAGAGUGGUGUCAUGUGAUGGAGGUGGAGGUGCACUGGGCCAUCCCAAAGUCUACAUCAAUCUGGAUAAGGACACAAAAGUGGGCACAUGUGGCUACUGUGGCUUGCAGUUCAAGCAGAAACACCAUCAUUAACAAUAUUGUCUGAACCUUCUUUCUGUAAAUUGCUGUAGUUCUUGAAUAAAUUAUAUUAUGUCUGA